UACUCCAUGUCAAUUAUGGGGAUAAAGGUUGAAUCUCUAUCGAUAAUGAUUUUUUUUCACAUCAACGAAAAUUUGAAAAAAUUAAUCAUAAGCUGAACAAAGUCGCAAAGAAAACCCGAAAGAACUAUUAAUCCAAAACAAGAUGUAUUUUUUUUCCACGGAUAAACAAUGAAUACUCCUUGUGUACGUAAAGCCAUAAGAGUGGCAGAUUGGAGAAUAUUGUCACGACUGUAUUCAUCGAACAGCAAACUUUUAAAUAUCACUCAAAAUGAAAAGACAGGUGUGACGACAGUAUCAAUGAACCGACAGCCAGUGAAUAGUUUGAAUUUGGAUAUACUAAGAGAAUUAAAAGAAACGUUUGAAAAUCUUAAAAAAGAUGGAAGCAAAGGGCUCAUUCUCACCUCAUCACUGCCAACAGUAUUCUGCGCUGGUCUAGAUAUCAUGGAGAUGUAUAAGCCAGAAGUCAAGAGAUGCACUGAAUUCUGGACCAAUUUGCAAGAUACCUGGAUCGUGCUUAACGAAUUACCGAUUCCUACAGUUGCUGCAAUUAAUGGUGCAUGUCCCGCUGGAGGUUGUCUUUUGGCCCAAUCCUGUGAAUAUCGCGUUAUCGUUGAUGGUAAACACACAAUCGGGUUGAAUGAAACGAGACUUGGAAUUAUCGCGCCGUUUUGGUUCCAAGAGGGUUACAUCAGAACAAUCGGGUAUAGAAGAGCAGAAUUAGCUCUACUGAGAGGAGAAUUAUUCCUUCCUCAGCAGGCGUUGGAGUGUGGUCUUGUCGAUGAAUUAGUGAGUAACAAAGAAGACGCCCUGGCAAGCGCUGAAAAGUACAUAGAUUGUUAUCGUCAUAUUGCUCCCAGUGCUAGAGCCAUGACCAAAAAAAUCCUCCGCGAGCCCAUGGUUCAACGAUUGGUGAAAAAUCGAGAAACGGAUACAGCGAUGUUCAUCGACGAAGUUACAAAACCGAAGACUCAGACUAAUCUAGGUUUGUACAUCGAAUCUCUGAAGAAAAAGGCUAAAUAAAUCAUGAUUUCGUAAUCCUUCAUGACAAUACCUAAUGCAAUAACAGUAGACGUCCAAUCAUGAAAUAUUCUUUAGUUUUAUAUAAAUUCAUUUAAUGGUCAUGUUUUAUUGUGUACAUUGGUGAAAGAACAGGGAGAAAAUUGUUAUGGUAUCUGAUAAUUAAAUCCAUUUGGUUCGAAUAACAACUUCAGUAUAAAGACUGUUAGGGGUUAAUAUUGAAAUGUAAAAACAAAAUAAAGUCGUUUUAUUAAAUAUA